AUUUUCAUAGUCUAUUUUAAUCAGUUGCAAAUGUUAAUCAUGACAAAUCUACAACGUUGGUUAUUCUAUGCAACACUCUUUGCCGUGCCCUACUUGGCAAUUGUGCUAGGAACGGUGCAAACAGCUCUGACAUCAAAAUACUUGCUGCAUAUUCAAUUGCUACCGCUGUUGCUCUUAAUUUUAUUUGGUAUUUAUUCCGUCUGGACUGUAUUAUAUCGUACAUUCACAUUUAACGACUGCCCCGAGGCUGCAAAGGAAUUGCAAGAGGAAAUAUUGGAAGCUCGCAAGGAUCUCAUAGCCAAGGGAUUCAAGUUUCGUGACUGAAAAAGGUGUUUUUAGGCACAGAGUUUCUCUUUAUGUACAUACUUAAAUAACAUAUAUUUUAAUUUGUGAUUCCAUGUAAUAUAAAAAGAAAAGU